UGGAAGCCCCACCUUUUGUGUUUCCCGCACCGUCAAUCAAAAUAGAAAAAAACCGACUCGAAUCACCGAUCGCAGCCCGCCUUUGAUUAAAAUAAUCAUGUUUGCCGUUUAAAUAAACUGAGAAUCUAUCGAUUAAAAAAAUUCACGAUAUGACUGGUACGUAACAUUUAACCCGAUUCAAGCAUACCACCACCGCCCCUGAACAGUCAGUGAAACAAGAGGAAAUGGCUGCCUUAGACGUGGACAGCAGUCAAAGCGACUAUCUACAGCAAGCGAGCGGUGGAGUAGACCAGGACGCUCCGUCACCACUCGCUCUGCUGGCAGCUACCUGCAGCAAGAUCGGGUCGCCUUUGACAGAGGAGGAUAACGGUGCUGCCGCUGGCGUGACCACAGACCUCACAUCAAUACAGCUAACAGGGACAUCGGAUAGAUGGGAGGUACUGACUCCCACGGCGACGAUAAAAGAGGAGCCAGGCAUAGUGCAUAUUCCAAACACUGGGAUAGUGGCGUCAAACGGACAGUACGUUCUCCCAAUCCAGAACCUUCAGAGCCAAUCAAUAUUUGUAACGUCCGGGACCGACACGUCCACCAACACAGUGCCUAACAUUCAUUACCAGGUGAUCCCACAGAUCCAGACUGCAGAUGGACACCUGGGGUUUUCCACAUCUACUGUGGAUGGGACCACUCUGGGUCAGGAUGCCACGGGGCAGAUCCAGAUCUUGCAGGAUGCGGGUCAAAACAUAAAUGCGUCAGGGACAACUUCCACAGACAUUCUUAACACCCACAACCUCAUAUCACAGACUGGGCAUGUGCAGCAGAUGCAAGGAGUUUCCAUUGGGAGCUCCACAUAUAACAGCCAGGGUCAGGUCGUCACUAAUGUGCCUGUUGGACUGCCGGGAAACAUUACCUUUGUACCCAUAAACAGUGUAGACUUGGACUCCCUGGGUCUCUCUGGAGCCCAGACAAUAGCAACUAGCGUCACCUCCGAUGGCCAGCUGAUUAUGGCUGGGCAGCCUCUGGAUGGCCCUGAGAGCUCCGAUAAGUGUGGUGAGCCCAUCUCACAGUCGCUGUCUACGGAUGAGCCCGGCGCUCAUCAGGACAUGUACGUGCCAACGACAGGGUCCUCCCAGCUGACGAUCGACAGCACGGGGGUCCUGACGCAGGCGACGGUGGCACCCUUGGCCGGUGGACAGGUGGACGCCUCGGACCUCCACGAAGGCUACACGCAGCAGAACCAGGUCCAGAACCUCCAGGUGUCCUCAGCCCAGCCCAUCAUCCAGCUGCAGCAGGUGGGCCAAGUCGGCGAGACGGCAGGGGCCCAACAACAGAUGCACACGGUGGGGCAGACCAUUCAGAACCUGCAGCUCCUCAACCCUGGAACCUUCCUCAUCCAGGCCCAGACCGUCACGCCGUCUGGGCAGAUCCAGUGGCAGACCUUCCAGGUACAGGGCGUCCAGAACCUGCAGAACCUCCAGCUGCCCAGCGGCCCUUCCCAGCAGAUCACACUGGCGCCUGUGCAGGCUGUGUCCCUGGGGCAGGGGGGAGAGCUGGGCACCUGCCCCGUCAGCAUCAGUGGGCAGAUCCCCAACCUACAGACGGUGACAGUGAACUCGGUGGCCGGGUCCGGGAUUCAGUUCCAGCAGGCUGAGGAUACGGGCAGCCCCGGAGAUAUCCAGAUUAAGGAGGAGCCGGACUCGGAGGAGUGGCAGCUGGCCAGCGACUCCACCCUCAACCCCAGCGACCUGUCUCACCUGCGCGUGCGGCUGGUGGACGAGGAGAUGGAGUCGCAUGGACAGGAGGGCAAACGGCUGCGCAGGGUGGCCUGUACCUGCCCCAACUGUAAGGAGGCUGGUGGGAGAGGCUCAAACAUGGGGAAGAAGAAGCAGCACAUUUGCCACAUGCCAGGCUGUGGGAAGGUGUACGGGAAGACCUCACACCUGCGGGCGCACCUGCGCUGGCACUCUGGGGAGCGGCCCUUCGUCUGCACCUGGAUGUUCUGCGGGAAGAGGUUCACACGCAGCGACGAGCUGCAGAGACACAGGAGAACACACACCGGGGAGAAGAAGUUUGUGUGUCCGGAAUGUUCCAAGCGCUUCAUGCGGAGCGACCACCUGGCCAAGCACAUCAAAACGCACCAGAACAAAAAAGGCGUGAACUCGAGUGGCGCAGCAAUGGCCACGGUGGAGCCUGUGGCCUCCUCGGACAGCAUCAUCACGGCUGGCGGCACCACACUCAUCCUCACCAACAUCCAGCAGGGCUCCAUGCCUGGCCUUGCUACCGUCAAUUCUGCCAGCGCGCACGAGAUCCUCUCCAAUUCAGAAAUCCCAUUACAGCUCGUCACCGUCUCCAGCGAGGUGAUUGAGUGACGGCACGCCCGUCGCAAGGACUUCCUUACGGCGUCUUUUUUUUGUUUUUGUUUUGUUUUGUUUUUAUACACACAUGGGCAUACAUAUACAUAUACAUAUGGGUGUGUGUGUGUGUGUGUGUGUGUGUGUGUGUGUGUGUGUGUAUAUGUAUGUAUAUAUACACACACACAUACACACACACAAAGAAGAAUGAUCAGUUUAUGUUCAUUGUCUUUUUACAGGUUGGGCAAAAUCAACAUAAAAUAUAUUUCCAGUACAUACACACUGAAAUGCCUUAUUUUGUAUCAUAUGCGGUAGGAAAAAAUGGUGCAGUUGCAUGUGUUUUUGUAAGCUACUGGACACUAGUUCUGAAGAAAAUGUUUCUGUAAAAUUGGUACAGCUAUCGAAAGAAAUGGCGGUACCGUCAGCCCAUUUGUACAGCAGAUUAAUUUGUGGGCCUAAAAAAAUGGUUAGGUGCCUCUUAUCCUUGAGCUAAACUGUAAUUAAUUAAUCGACUGUCAGUUCAUGUUUUUUUUUUAUUGUUGUUUUUUUAUUUCAAGCUCUGCAUUGUGAUGAGUACUGUCCCAAAUGUGUCUUCAUUUAUGUUUUUGAUUUUCACUUCUUCCUGUUGCGCAGCCAUAUUUGCUUUCUUCUCAAUCAUGUCUAACAGUCAGAUUGGGAAUGUCUUAAAUUGUCAGCAUUUAAAUAAUCGUGUUUGUUUUUGCUGCUCAUUUCAAGUCAUUUUUACUGGCGAACAAAGGAAAAUCAAUCAUGUAAUUAAGUUUGGUAUUACUGUUUUCCUUCUUUUGAUCCAGUGUUCUAAUAUACUUAUUUGCAAAUUAUCUCUCAGUCAAAAGCUAUUUAUAGUAGGCUUUCCUUAGUGAACCCAUUCUGGUGUAUCUGAAACUCCUUGUUUUUAAUUACUUUUUAAAUAUGUAUAAUAUUCAAACAUUACUUUUGUAAAACUGCAUUUUUCCAAUGGAUCACAAUUAAAGUCCGAAUCAUUUCUAUGAAAAAA